AUACAUAGGUAAAGCCUAGCUGGCAAUCUAUUAAUAUACGGCUUAAAUUUAAUUGCCAGCACAAUCGCUGACGUGGAUUCUCCAAACCCUCACUCAAUCAUUGAGUUUUUUUUUUUCUUUCUUCUUUUUAGACUCCGAGUCCUCUCUUAUUUCUCACUCUAACCGGAAAAAAGGCUCAGGAGGAAAAAAAGAAUUUUCGUGGAGGAGAAAAAAGAAAUUAUAUACAUUUUGUACAAAUUGAUUCUAUGGGAAUAAGAAAAUUCUUCGUUAUCGAAUUGGAAUUUUCAGAGACUGAUUGAGAAGUUAUUGGAGUUUGUUUGAGUUUUGCGAUAUGUCUUUCAUGGAUACUUUUUUUGUUCCUGAAGAAACAAAGGACGAAGAAGGCGAGUGGGAGAAAGAAAGAUAAUUAAAAAAAAUACGAUUUCUGCUUCUACUAAUCUUCUUCUCCGAGAAAAACAGAAGUAGAGCGAAUCGAAUCAUCACUAAAACACUUUAUAAUUUUCUAUUUACAUAUAUAUUUUUAUCUCUGUUUCGAUCUCUGCUUCUGCAGACUGCAGUUUGACGAAAAACGAUGUCGACGACGGCAAUCAGUGAGUCGGCGGUAGUGAUGAACGGUGCGGAGGCGGCAAAACUAGCGGCGCCGACAAUCGAGGUGGAUUUCGCGAAAUGCGAUUGUUGCGGAUUGACGGAGGAGUGUACUCUCGCUUACAUAGAGACAAUCCGCGAGCGUUAUCAAGGGAAAUGGAUAUGCGGACUGUGUGCGGAAGCAGUGAAGGAUGAGAUGAUGCGGUGUGAGAGGUUGAUCAACGCGGAAGAAGCCUUUACUCGUCACCUCAAUUUCUGCAAGAAGUUCAGUUCUUCUAGUCCUCCUCCAGAUCCGACUGUUCACUUGAUCGCUGCCAUGAGGCAGCUUCUGAGGCGUAGCUUAGAAUCGCCUAAAUCCCUCAGGUCGAUGCCCUGUAGUCCGACGAGGAACAGCAGAGAGAUGCAGCCUAAUGUGUUGGUUCGAGCUGAAAGUUGUAUUCCUACACUCUCUUUGGCGGAUUCUCCUGCUUAUCAUGCCAUGGAAAUGGAUCACGAUUCUGAAUGAAGGUGAUAGUUUUUAGGUUUAAUUUCAACUCUUAAAUCCCCUCCAUGGAAAAAAAAUAAUUAAGGAGAAAAAAGAACUCUAAUAAUGCUUGCUUAAUUUGCCUCAAAUUGUAAACACAAUAGAACUAGAAUCGUUUGGUGAUUGUGAUGGAAAUGGAAUGGAAAUCAUGUUCAUGUGAUUGACGUGUGAA